AUGGCAAUCAAGUCGGGCACGACGGCCAUCACAGUCGCGCUGCCCGAGCUGGCGCCGCCUCUGGCGACCUGCUCGCUGCCCUUCAUGCUGCUCCUUGCCGCGCCGCGCCUGGCGAUCCAGAUGGCGUGGGCCGCGCUGUGGGCAGCAUUUGGCCCGCAGUUCGACAACUCGUACGCGCCAUGGGCCGCGCAGCUCAUCCGCGUACUUGGCCCUACCACCGGUCUCAUUGUCUACCCGAUGGUAAGCGUCCUCAGCGACAGCUGCCGCUCCACGUACGGACGCCGCCGACCCUACAUCUUGGGCGGCACGGUCGCCAGCAUUGUCGUGUGGCUGCUCAUGGUCGUUGUCUCGAGCGUCAUCCAAGCUGCCGACGACAAAAAGGCGGCAGCCGACAAGCUCAGCGGCGUCGCGAUCGUGCUCUACUUCCUCAUGGGCGUCGCUGUCAACACGGUGCAGGCACCGGCGGCGCUGCUCAUCGCCGACUUUGCUGGCGACCACCAAGUCACGGCGUUUAGUCUCGCGCAGGCCUUUAGCAUCAUCGGGUCGCUCCUCGUGUCCGGCUUCAUCGCGCUCUACGGUCCUGCGUCCAAUGUGACAAUCCAAAUUCUCUUCAUGCUCAUUCUCGCACUCGUGGUGACGGUGCUUCCCGUGCUCCUCUAUGUGUCGGAGACGCCGCACGUCCCGGAGGUCGUCAUCUCUCGGCGACAAGAGCUCAAGCGCGGAGUUGUGGCAUUUUAUGACGGCCUCAAGUACCUCCCGCGGGUGCUCGCGGUCUACUGCGUCUGCUUUGUCCUCGCGAUGCUCGGGUAUGCGUCGUACACCGGCAAUAAGAACCAGUUCUUUGGCGUCCUCUUCUACGACGGGAUUGCCGCCGACGCCGACAAGUGUGGUACCCAUUGCACGGACGCGCAGCUGCGCUACAACAACGGCACGCAGUUUGCCUCGGGGACAGUCGACACACUGCACUCGCUUCUGGGACUGCUCUACCUCGCUGUGCUGCCCACGCUCGUCCGCACCUUUGGCGUCCGACGCGUCUUCACCUACGCCAUGGUUCCUCAGAUGACGCUGCUCUUGGCUUUUGUUCGCGUCAAAGAGCUCAAUGCGGCCUCUGCGAUCCUGUCGAGCAUCACGCAGAACACGCUGUUUACCAUGGGUAUUCCGGUCGUGCUUCAUGUCAUUGGCUACGGCGAAGCCAACGGACUCGGGUUGUUUGCGGGUGCGCUCAACUCGGCCAAUUGUCUCGGACAGUUCCUCACGUUUGCGCUGGGCCCGCUUCUGAGCUGGAUGGGAGCGACGCCCGAGCUGCCCAUCAUGUUUGACAUUCGCAUGCGAUCGCUCUAA